AUGUCCGCAGCUCUUACCUCUCCGGGUCUGUCUGAUCUUGGGGCUCAGCAUGGCUGUCAUCGCUGGUCCAGGAGCUCCCCUCUCAACAUGAUCUCCAUCCAGGCUCCCCACCCUCCGUCUCUCCUCUCCGCGGCCGAUCUGAGCGUGUGCGGAGAGGAAGGGGUGUGUAGGAGGCGUUUCUGGACGGGUGGGCUCGUCCAGAAAGAAGCAAGGUUUUUUCUCCACCGUUUGUCGAAUUGGGAAGAGAGUAAAGCCAAAGGGUGGGGGAGAUGA